AGAUUAUCUAAAUCUAAGUACAUCACGAGUGCUUCUAUCAUACUCACCCUCAAACUUAUAUACAUUGGUGAUAGUGUGUGUGUGUGUGAUUUAGUAUUUAGAUUGAUGAUCUAGAUGCUAGUUUCAUUUACAUGCUGCCCAUUACCAAGCACAUCAAUGUCAACCAUGUUGUCUGCUUAUCAAUGUUGGAAUUCUUCUGGGCAUUGGAGGAUGGAACUAUUGGGUCAUUUGGGGAGUAUUUGAAGGAAGUAGAGGAGAUUCAGAAGGUCUGGCUUGGGUAUGUGGUCAAAGCCCAAUUUUCUGCAGCCCACUCUACUCAUCAGAUGUCCCUACUACCUCAAGAGCCUCCUACUGCACUGACUGUCCCUCCGUCAUCCUGGAAGUCACCACUUAUGUCCAUUCCCACUCCUGGUUCAUCCCAGUCAACAGAGAGCUGCAACCACUCAACCACUCAACCACCAACUUCGUCACUGCCCCCCAUGCUAUCAGCUGCGGCUAAGACCUCGUGUUGCCUCACUGUUUGUGAUCAAAUAUGGCAGAGAAUGCAAGAAUCAAACAAGCAAAAACUGAAAGCUAAGACCAUCCUAAAAACCUCAGAUGCAAUUGUGCCUGGCUCACUGGUACUACCUGCAUCUAUAGCCCUAAAGAUCCCACCAAAACCAGUGGAUUCACCCCAACCAGCCCCACCACUGACACCAACCACCUGGCCUGUGCCUGCACAAUGCACAAAAUGUGGAACCACGAUUCAUGCCCACUCACCAUCAUGCUGUCAUUGUCGUCAACGAUGGUAG